AUGGCCGCAAGUCAAAUCGCUAGUGAAUUGUCGGCUACAGACGCCUCAAAAGACACCCUCAUAGAUGCUUUUGCUGGCGCCGGAGGCAAUACUAUCGCCUUCGCGCUCACCAACCGCUGGAAGCGAAUCAUCGCUGUCGAACGUGACGCCUCAACCUUGGCAUGCGCCCAGAACAACGCAGAGCUCUACGAGGUAGACCCUUCAAUAAUCACCUGGGUUCAUGCAGAUAGUUUUGAGUACCUGGAACUUUUACACAAUCGGCCUGAGGAACUUCAUCCAGGCCUGAGGGUCGAUGUGAGCAAGACGGUGCUGUUUUCAAGCCCGCCAUGGGGAGGCCCAGGAUACAGGACAGACGAGGUGUUUGACCUGAGCAACAUGCAACCUUACAACUUGGAUAAGUUGCAUUCGUCAUAUAGGAGCAUGGAUCACGUAUUGUAUCUGCCGCGGACGAGUGACAUUCGGCAGAUUGCAAAGCUGGCACCAGAGGACAGGAGGGUGGAUGCUGUGCAGUAUUGCAUGGAGGGCGCCAGCAAGGCUUUGGUGGCGUACAUUCCGAGAUGUGAGGCCCAAGGAUGA